ACGGUACUGGACGGUGCCAAGGGUGCAGGCCCGGCGGCGCCGCGCGAGCGGAAGAGCCAACCAGCGCCUGUAGCUCUGGCAAAUGACUCCCCUCCGCCCGCGCCUCGGGCUCGGCUAUUUCCUUCCGUCUUUGCUCCGCUCCGGGUUUAAAGACGCGCGCAGUCCACCGCCGGGCGCCGCGACGGCGGGACUCGGCGGGCCAGGCCCGCCCCUCCGCCCCGCCCCGCCGGGCGCCGCGCCGCCCCGGGCCUCCGGGCCGCUGUCCAGCGCUCGCAGCCUGAGCCGAGAAGGUCGCGGCGCCAACACACUCGCCGUCUCCCCCAGCAAGCGGCCCCGGCCCGCGGAGGAGGGCGGCCUGCGGCUCCGCUUCGUGCGGCUCUCGGAGCACGCCACCGCCCCCAGCAAGGGGUCCGCGCGCGCCGCGGGCUACGACCUGUACAGUGCCUAUGAUUACACAAUACCACCCAUGGAGAAAACCCUUGUGAAAACCGACAUUCAGAUCGCUCUUCCUUCUGGGUGCUAUGGAAGAGUAGCUCCACGUUCCGGCUUGGCUGCAAAACACUUUAUAGACGUAGGAGCUGGUGUUAUAGAUGAAGAUUAUAGAGGAAAUCUUGGUGUUGUACUGUUUAAUUUUGGCAAAGAAAAAUUUGAAGUAAAAAAGGGUGACCGAAUUGCACAGCUCAUUUGUGAACGGAUUUUUUAUCCAGAAAUAGAGGAAGUUCAAGUUUUGGAUGACACUGAAAGGGGCUCAGGAGGUUUUGGUUCUACUGGAAAAAAUUAAAAUUUAUGCCAAGAAUAGAAAAUGAGAAAUAAAGUUUUUUGUUUGGUGUUUUACACUUCUGUAAACUUAACAGCUUUAGAUUCUAAAAAUGUUUGGUUCUCUCAUGAUCAAGGAAAAGGGUACUCUGUUGGGAUCACAUUGAACUUUUUUAUGUUUUUCUACAUUUGUUGUUAUACAAAUAUUCAUGGUAACUUAAUAGUUUUUUGGUUUUUUUUCAAUCAAAUGUACAGCAAUUUAGAUCCCCAGAACUGUAUUAUUUAAUUCACUAAAUGCUACCCAUUCAACAACUUAUUCUUUGAUUUGUUUUAUAAAUCAUAAGCAAAGCCUUUUAUUCAAUAAAUUUGAAUUCUUUCACAGAUACAAAUUAUUAUGUAAACUGAACUAAAAUAUAAUAAUAAAGUUAUUCCUUGUUCUCUU